GUGAUGAGGAAAAAAGGACGUAUUUUUCUGGAGCCACUAAAAUCUUGGAUUUCUAUAAAAGGUGUCACUUAUAAAAUUGAUUUUCACUGAAUUAAAGAUGGGCUGCUUUCUUCUUUUAAAGAUGCGUCUGUCUGUCUUGAUCUCUCUAUGUGCAGCACCUUUAGUUGGAUCAAGCGACUGGUGCUACAACACAUGCGUGGACCAUUCUCCCUCUCACUGGAGUAGCGUACCAGAGUGGUCAUGUGGUGGAAGUCAUCAGUCUCCAAUUGAUAUUCAAACAAGCAGUGUUGAAAGCGACCCCAACCUGGUCAACUUUACCUUUGAAGGAUUUGACUCGACUCAGGCCAUCAAGUCGAUCACUAACAAUGGACAUACAGUUGAAUGUGAGUUAGGAGAAAAACUAGUUAAGGUGAGUGGAGGUGGACUCAACGGGACAUACAACGUUCUGCAGUUCCACUUUCAUUGGGGAAAGGCAGACUAUGUUCAUCAUCCAGGAUCGGAGCACACAGUUGACGGGGUCAGAUACCCAAUGGAGAUGCACAUUGUCACCAUGAAGGACGGCCUGUCUUCUGAUACCGCAGCAAAUCACACAGACGGAUAUGCGGUGCUCGGGUUUUUCAUAAAUGCAACAGAGGACCAAACAACAUCAGACACUUGGACCACUUUGACAUCGUUCCUUUCAAACAUCUCAGAAUCUAAUCAAAUGGUUAAUGUUGACCAGAGCAUCUCAAUCAACAGCCUGAUUGAAAAUGUAGACCUCUCAAAGUACUAUCGAUACAUGGGCUCCUUGACUACCCCCAACUGCAGUGAAGCCGUGGUGUGGACGCUCUUUCACGAGCCGAUUCUUGUCAAUUCAGCGCUGAUUCAAAAGUUUCCCCUGAUGACCAGAUUUGUUGAUAUCUAUCGACCCACACAAGACUUGAACGGUCGCCAGGUGUACACCUCUUCUUCUGCGCACCAGAGUUCUUCAUGGUGCUACGAAGAACGCCACUGUGCUAACAUUCCAUCUCUCUGGAGCUCCCUACCUGACUCUAAAUGUGGGGGAGACAACCAGUCACCCAUCGACAUCGAUACACAUAACACUAGUGUGGAUGAAAGUCUUGGCGCCUUCACUUUCCACAACUUUAAUAGCAAACAAGUGAUCGAGAGCGUCGUUAACACGGGCCACUCAGUGCAGUGCAAUUUAAAAGCAAAUAGUGGUGUGGAAGUGUCAGACGGAGGUUUGACAGGCGCUUACACCGUCCAGCAGUUCCACUUCCACUGGGGAACCGAGACCUCUGAUGGCUCAGAGCACCUGGUGGAUUCCAGGAGGUUCCCAAUGGAGAUGCAUAUAGUCUGCAUCAAGAAGGGCAUGGAUGUGUCUGAGGCUCUAACUCACAAUGAUGGCCUGGCAGUGCUGGGGUUUUUUAUUGAGGCUACACACACAAGCAAAACUGGGUCCCCAUCAGAAUCCUCCGGAGAUAUUAGCGUAACGACAAUCCCUCCAACAAGUUCAACAUCUGACAUGGAAGUCUGGAAAAACCUGACCAGCUACUUAGAUCAGAUUAAAACGUUAAACUCAAUGGUUCCAUUCUCUUCUGAAAUAUCUAUUGAUGAUCUGCUCGGCAACGUUGACCGUCAGUCGUACUUCCGAUAUGGCGGUUCCCUGACCACCCCCAAGUGCAAUGAAGCUGUGGUUUGGACAGUCUUCAAAGAGUCCAUUAAGGUGGAUCACGAGCUGAUGGCAAAGUUUCCAAAUUCUACUGGGUAUGAAAAAAUCUAUCGACCAGCGCAGCCAGUAAACUUCAGAACGAUCUUCAGUACAAAGGCAACAACGGGAUCGAGUCCUCCAAUCAAGGCUGCUGGACCUUUUCUGCUAGUAUUUGUCUGUGCUUUACUUCACUGAUUUGGACCAUGUGGAACCACAAUAACAAAAGUCUUUGUACUAUUAUAUAUUUUUUCUGAACCAAUAACCAUUCAUUUGAUUGGCAGCUUUUUCAGGUUGUAGUGAUUUUGAUUGUGUGUAAAUUAUGUUGUUUAGUGAAUUAUUCAUCACUGCUUAUUUGUUUGCACAAUUCAUGACAAAUACAAAUCCUAAGCAAAUAUAGAACACUCCAAUAUCUGUUUUAAAUUAAAUUGAACCAAAGCAAUUAAUAUUGAAUAAUAAUAUAAAUGUAUUUGGAUAUUUACUUGUCGUUUUUUUGUAUAUAUUGUGUUGUGCUCCUUUGUCUCAGUUUAUUUAUGUAAUCUCUGGAAGUGAACUAAAAAAGUUUGCUUUAGAGUGAAAUGCUUGUUGGGUAAUCUCCCUUCGACCGACUCCGGUUGACUGGAUUUCAUCUGUAGUCUGUCACAUUUAGCAUCAAUUAUGGUGACAAAACCAAUAAAAAGUAACAGGCGCACA